UUUUUUGUUGUUGUUGAAUCUUGUUUGAUCAUACACUUGCUUUACAUGUCUGUCGUACCUACGGUACCAUAUUCAUGCUUGGGGGUUUUCCCUAUUCAACCCUCAUAGUUUAAUCGACCGGAUCUAUUUAAACAGCUAAUGAAAAAAAGAACCGUGCGUCGAUAAAACAUUAACCUGGAGCUUCUUCGACUGAGUACGGAGACGCUGGUCGAGCUUCCCGGCUACUCCCAGCAUGUCGCUCCACGGGAAGAGAAAGGAGAUCUACAAGUACGAGGCGCCAUGGACGGUGUACGCCAUGAAUUGGAGCGUCCGGCCGGACAAGCGCUUCCGUUUGGCGCUGGGCAGCUUCGUGGAGGAGUACAACAACAAGGUGCAGCUGGUGGGCUUGGAGGAGGAGAGCUCAGAGUUCGUCUGCAGGAACACGUUUGACCACCCCUACCCCACCACAAAGAUUAUGUGGAUCCCAGACACCAAGGGAGUGUACCCGGAUCUCUUGGCUACCAGUGGUGACUACCUGCGAAUCUGGAGGGUGAGUGACACAGAGACCCGUCUGGAGUGCCUGCUCAAUAACAACAAGAACUCUGACUUUUGUGCACCACUCACAUCCUUUGACUGGAAUGAGGUUGACCCCAACCUUCUGGGCACUUCAAGUAUUGACACUACCUGCACUAUCUGGGGGCUGGAAACUGGUCAAGUGUUGGGCCGAGUUAAUCUGGUGUCUGGUCAUGUGAAGACUCAGCUAAUUGCCCAUGACAAGGAGGUGUAUGACAUUGCCUUCAGCCGGGCAGGCGGUGGCAGGGAUAUGUUUGCUUCAGUGGGGGCGGACGGCUCAGUGCGUAUGUUUGACCUGAGACACCUUGAGCACAGCACCAUCAUUUAUGAGGACCCCCAGCAUCACCCCCUGCUGCGCCUCUGUUGGAACAAGCAGGACCCCAACUACCUGGCCACCAUGGCCAUGGAUGGUAUGGAGGUGGUAAUUUUGGAUGUACGGGUCCCCUGCACUCCCGUCGCGCGACUCAACAACCACCGCGCCUGCGUGAAUGGCAUCGCAUGGGCGCCGCACUCCUCCUGUCACAUCUGCACAGCAGCUGAUGACCAUCAGGCCUUGAUCUGGGAUAUCCAGCAAAUGCCGAGGGCUAUCGAGGAUCCUAUCCUGGCCUACACUGCCGAAGGGGAAAUUAACAAUGUGCAGUGGGCCUCCACACAGCCUGACUGGAUCGCCAUCUGCUACAACAACUGCCUGGAGAUCUUAAGGGUCUAGCUGUUGACAUGGAUUGUAUGAGGUGGAGGUGGUGCAGCCAGGAUGGUUAUGUAAAGACAGGUGCUUAGACUUUGGCUGUUGUAUUGAAUAGAUGUGUGAGAUUUUUGUUGAGUUCUGCAUGAGUAGAUCAAUUUCUUGCACAACUCUCACUGGAAAGCACUGUUUUUAGUAAUGGGCUCAGAAAGGUUUUAUUUUUGCUGUAAAUAUUUAUGUUAAUAUUUAAUAUUUUAUUGUAUAUCAAUGUUUGCUUGUCUUAAGUAACUCAAUCUGAGUUGAAAAUUCAAAGGCUGACUAGCCUUCUCUCUGCAGUCCUGUUUUUUUUCUUUACGACUUCUCCAGGUACAGUGGAAUAUAAUAUUCACCCAGCUCCUUUAUUUAAAUUUACACAAACUGUGAAAUAGUUCAGUCUCAAAGAUUUGUGAGGUAAGUGUGUAGAACAAUCUGCAUUCUGUGUAAGCUCCAUAUUGUCUGUUAGUUCAUAAUGAGGAUCUUUUUUCCACUUUCCGGUGUGAUGUCAACAUAUGAGCCAGUAGCUUGCAUGCUGGCGUGACACAAACAAAAGGUGGUUUUCUCAGCUAUCAGUCGGAGUCUGAAUGUCAUGAACCUAUUUCAGAGGUUUUUUCUUAAAUUUUUACUUCCAGUAUUUUUACUUCCAGUACUUCUCCAUGUCUGUUGCUUCGUUCUGCCCUAGUUGGACACUUAUACCACCGUUUAUUACUUUUUUGUUGUUCUUUCCAAUAAAACCACUUGGUCAAGUUGCCAAAAGCGAA